AACUUGGAAAGCCCAUGAGGAACUGCUACUCCCUGCCAGGCCCUGAUUUUACCUAUGGGAUGUACAUGCACAAGAGAGAUGGAGGAGUCCCUGAAGCCAUAGGGCACUGGGACACAGUGAAGGCCAAGGCCCACCCCCGUAAGAGGGUGAUGCCGCGGGAUUUCGUGGCCAUGGGCCGUGCAGCUGUGGAUGAAGGCUGCACCAAAGCCAGGGAGUUUGCUCUGUACUACGGCUACAUGGACAUCCGCUGCAAGGACAAGGGCAUCCUCAGAUAUGGGGGCAAGGUACCUCCAGGCAUAACCUUUGGCAAGCCACCACGGCCUCCCACUCCCUUUUUUGACCUCAUGCAACACAGAUACAAGGAGCUGUGGAUGGAGGAGCAGAGAGCCCGGACCAGAGUCCAGCACAUGAUGAAGAAAAAGGUGGGCGAGGUGCGCGAGAACCGCACCUCGUUCCUGCGCACGCACCCGCUGCCCGUGAAGCAGGAAUCCUUCUGGCACCUCCGGCGCUUCGAGAAGGCUAAGCCUCAUCUCAGGACUUUUCCAGACCCUGAAUCCCGUCAGAAGGCUCUCAGUGCCUCCCACUGAGGAGCUGCUGUGAGCUGCCCCUUCCCCAGAGGGCCCCCAGAACAAGGAUGGUGCUGGGCUCAGCCCUUGGACCCCAGGAUUCCACAUGGAAUAGACUUUCUCUCAGGUUUUACAGUUAUGCUAAUGCAGAUAUAGCCAAAUAAAUCAUAAAUAUAA